UUUAAAUUUUAUUUAUGUUCUUUAUUGACUCUUAUAAUGUUACUUGAAGUAUGAAAUAUAUACAAGUGGUUUAUUAUUUAAUUGCUCUUUUCUACACAUACAAAAAUGGAGCAAGCAAAAUCAGAGAGGUUAGAAUUAUACUACACGAGUAAAAAACAUAUGCCACGUAUACAUAACUUACCAAGUGGCAAGCAGCCAUUAUUGUUGGAUGCUUGUAGAGUGUGUAGAGUUUCUGAUCUUUAUUGGAGUCUACACAGCCACGUCAUAUUUAAGUGCCGUGUGUCUGUUUUCUGUUGAUCGCGACGGGUUGGCUUUGCAUCCCUCGCCUUAAAUAAUUCAUUAAAGUCAACAAUUUAAGUGGACAUCAUGAAUAUAUUUCGUUUACUUGGUGAUUUAUCACAUCUACUAGCAAUCAUUAUCUUGCUUCUUAAGAUAUGGAAUACAAGAAGUUGUGCCGGAAUCAGUGGUAAAUCUCAAAUUCUGUUUGCCAUUGUGUAUACCACUAGAUAUUUGGAUUUAGUGACUACUUAUAUAUCGGCAUAUAAUACAUUUAUGAAAAUAGUUUUUAUUGGUGCAUCAUUUACAACAGUUUUUCUAAUGUAUGUCAAGUUUAAAGCAACUUAUGAUCAUAAUCACGACUCAUUCAGGAUUGAAUUUUUACUUUUACCAACUUUACUUCUAGCGGUAUUUAUCAACCACGAGUUUACCAUUUUAGAGAUUCUCUGGACGUUCAGUAUUUAUUUGGAAUCAGUUGCAAUUCUUCCACAGCUGUUUUUGGUAUCGAAAACGGGUGAAGCUGAAAGUAUCACCAGUCACUAUCUGUUUGCACUUGGUUCAUACAGAGCUUUGUAUCUUCUGAAUUGGGUUUAUCGUUAUUAUGCUGAAGAUCAUUAUGAUUUAAUCGCUAUAAUUGCUGGAAUUGUCCAGACCGUUCUGUACUGUGACUUCUUUUAUUUGUAUAUUACCAAAGUACUGAAAGGUAAAAAAUUGCAGUUACCUGCUUAGCCAUUUGAUGAGUAAUUGAAGUUUAUUUUUUAAUAAAAAAAAGCCUCUAAGUUGACAA